AGCUCUGGGAUCGGCUGCGGCUCCUGCGCUCGGCGCUCCUCCCGUUCGGCGUGCAGCCCAUGUGACCGGAAGUGCGGGUCACAUGGGCGAAAGAAAGAUGGCGGCGCCCAGGGAACGCCGAGCCCGGCGGAUGCACGCAGGGGGGGUCGACUCUGCAUGGCAUUGAGUCCCCCCCCACCUGGAAAUAAGGAGGCGGAGCCGCGCGGCAACGGGUGGACCAGGUAGGACUUAAAUUGAAUGUCAGUUUGCUGUCCAGGUGUGGUAUGGAGGUCCAGAUGUCAGCUAUGCAGGACACUAGCGCAGACAUCCCUACCCCGAGUCAUGGGGAGAAAGACACCACGGUUAAGUCGCUGGGAGAGCCUAAAAAGAAACCCAGAAGAUGUGCGCUAUGCUCAAAGAGACUGGGGGAGGCAUAUAUAAAAGCCCUGUGUAGUGACUGCCUAGCAAAGAUCCUCAGAGACGAACAAUCCUCCCUUCUGGCAGACCUGAGAGUGAUUGUGAAAGAGGAGAUCCAGGCGGCCAGCUCUAGUGUAGCGCAGAAACCCUGUGCCGUCUCCCCUCCCCCCAAAAGACCCCGUGUGCUCAGGGAGUCGGAUUCUGAAGAAGAAGGCUUAUACCUUUCAGAAGGGGAAACCUUAAAGGGGGACGACGACGCUCAGGGUUCCUCCCAUAUGGCCGACGAUCAGAGAAGAUAUCUCUUCUCACAAGAAGAUCUAGAUCCCCUCCUGUCGGCUGUAAGACAGACUAUGGAUAUAGAGGAAGAGGAGCAGACUCGCUCGAUACAGGACGAGAUGUUCGGCGGCUUAAAAGCUAGGAAGAAAAAAUUGUUCCCGGUGAACGAGAAUUUGAAGGACCUAGUCAUAGACGAAUGGGCUGACGCCGAUAAGAGAAUGUAUAUACCGCGGGAAUUUAAGAACAGGCUUUUGUUCAACCCGGAGGACACAAAACUGUGGGAUGUAGUCCCUAAAGUCGAUAUCCAGGUGGCGAAGGUGGUAAAAAGAACCACCCUCCCCUUUGAGGACUCAGCCCAGUUAAAGGAGCCAAUGGAUCGGAAGAUCGACGGUUUGCUCAAAAGAGCAUGGGAAGUUUCGGCCAAUAGCAUUAACACCAAUAUUGCUGCUACGUCCGUGGCCAGAUCUCUGUGUCUUUGGGUGAACCAGCUGGAAGAACAUCUUAGGCAAGACACCCCUAAGGAAGAGAUCCUGGCGUCAUUACCCCUAUUUAAGAUGGCUGCAUCCUUUGUAGCAGACGCCUCAGCAGAGUCCAUAAGAUUUGCAGCAAAAACAGACUCCCUAACCAAUACGGCAAGGAGAGCCCUGUGGCUAAAACCCUGGUCGGGGGAUAUAGCCUCCAAGAAUAAACUAUGCGCCUUACCCCUUAAAGGUUCUCACCUCUUUGGUCCGGUACUGGAUGAGAUCCUGGAGAAGACAGCGGACAGAAAGAAGGGGUUUCCGGAGGAAAAAGGAAAGAAACCUUUGCCCUUUCGUAAGACAACCGGCAGCUUCCAGGGCACUCCCAGAGGUAAAGGGAAGACUGGAAGGUGGAGCUACCCCAAAGGGGGAAAAGGUCGAGGUUUCCUUUUUAACCCCAAUUCCAAGCCUGAGAAACAAUGACGCCAGGCCAGUAGGGGGCAGACUCCAGUUCUUUUGGGAAGAAUGGACCAGGAUAACCAAAAACCAAUACAUCCUGGAAUCCAUCCGAACGGGGUUCAAGAUAGAGUUUCGCCUUCCUC